ACUCAUACUUUAUGAUUUAAAGGAGAUUUUACUUCGUUGGAGAGAACAGGAAUUCAUAAUAUUAUUAUAACGUCAUAAACACAACUACUGGGAGGCAGCACGAGAAGUCUGGAGCAGCGGUGAGCAUUCUAGAACUCGAGGUCAUGUUUAUAUACGCUCUUGGCAAAUCCGACGCGAUCAAGACGCGAUUCAUUUGACAUACGGCGAGGGAGAGACUGUGUGGUGUAUGCUGUGAAAGACUUUGAUUUCCUGAGUUUUUCGAUACAAGACUUGUUCGUGAGCUUGAGCUAUACAGACGAGCAGAAUGGGCAAGGAUUUCUACAAGGUAUUGGGCAUUGGCCGCAAUGCCUCUGAGGAUGAAAUCAAGAAGGCGUAUCGUAAGAUGGCGCUCAAAUAUCACCCAGACAAGAACAAAUCACCUGGAGCUGAAGAAAAGUUCAAGGACAUUGCAGAAGCAUAUGAAGUUCUAAGUGAUAAGAAGAAAAAGGAGAUAUUUGAUCAGUAUGGAGAGGAGGGCCUGAAGGGGAAUAUUGGCGGCGGUGGUGGCGGCGGAGGCGGAAUGGGCCAGCCAGGCGGCAUGGGCGGUAUGGGAGGCAUGCCGGGCGGAGGCCAGAGUUUCAGCUACACGUACCACGGCGACCCUCGCGCCACCUUCGCCCAGUUCUUCGGCACCAACAACCCGUUUGAGACCAUCUUCUCGGGUAUGGGCGGCCAGGGCGGCGGCGUCAUCUUCGACGAGGAGAUGGACGAUUCGCCCCACGGCGGGAUGUUCGGCGGCCCCAGGUCUGGCACGUUCCGGUCGCAGUCGUUCGGCUCCAAUCCGAACCCUCCGAAACACCGCCACGGCAAGCAGGAUCCUCCGGUCGAGCACGACCUCAACGUGGCGCUGGAGGACAUCGCCAAGGGCUGCCGCAAGAAGAUGAAGAUCUCGCGGAAGGUGCUCAGCCCCGACGGCCAGUCGCUGCAGCGGGAGGAUAAGGUGCUGGCCAUCGACGUCAAGCCCGGCUGGAAGGCCGGCACCAAGGUGACGUUCCAGCGCGAGGGAGACCAGGGCCCCGGCAAGAUCCCGGCCAACAUCGUGUUCAUCAUCCGCGAUAAGCCGCACGCGACCUUCAAGCGGGACGAGUCCGACAUCCGUUACGUGUGUCCGGUGACGCUGAAGGACGCGCUCUGCGGCACCACCGUGAUGAUCCCCACUCUGACCGGAGAGAGGGUGCCUCUCGACCUCACCCGGGAGGUCAUUAAACCGACCACCACGCGCCGCAUCCAGGGCCGCGGCCUACCCUACCCCAAAGAGCCCAACCGCCGCGGCGAUCUGAUCGUCAGUUUUGACAUCAAGUUCCCCGACAGGUUGUCCUCGAGCGCCAAGGAGAUUAUCUCGAGCGUAUUGUGAUUUGUUUUCGGGCCAGUGCGCAAGUGUAUAGGAUCGUCUCGCCGGGCUUUGUGUGCGUUCUAGUGCAUAGGAGUGAUGGUAUGCUUUCGAUUCUGCUUGUUAUAUGCUUAUCUCAUGUCAUUGUAUACUACUCAUUUCCAUUCGUGCGCCGUGUGACUUGUGAGUGCAGUCGGGGCUCCAGUCAGGGCACAAGGCCAAGUCUUGGCCUGAAGCCACCGUAAUACGAUAUUUGUACGCUUUGAGAGUGUCGUCGGCGUGCCUCUGAGCUGGUCGUCCGUGAUUCUAUUAUCCUGUGCGCAGUGUGGUCUAGAUAUGUGCGUUAUGGGGCUUGGAUAAUGUGUGUUAUGGAAUGUGAUUGCCAUUGGUGUGUUGUGCUGUAAAUAUAUGUCACGUUAUUAUA